AUGGACACGACAAACCAAGAUAACGAAAGUGAAAUGUCAGAGUUCUCGUAUGAAUCCGAAGAUGACUCCAACAAUACCAGAUCCUCGUCUACAAAAGCUCAUUCUCGAGUGAAACAAUCAAGCCUUCAUUCAAGAAGACUGUAUCAUUGCAAUCAUUGCACCAAAGUUUUCACCUCGUCCGCCGGAUAUAAUAAGCAUCUGCGAUACAAGCGCCAUAUGAAGUGCCACGAGUGCCAGCAGAAGGUUGCCACAUUUGUGGACUUGAUGAAACAUGUGUCAAAGAAGCACCCUAAGAUGGUGUCACGAUAUCGCCCCUACGUCCAAGAUGAGGACAUCACAGACACUAUGAAAGUCCCACGGAAAUGUCUGCUCUGUGAUAUGUUCUUCAAUGGUAAUGUUUUGUUGCAUCGGCACAAGGACACUUAUCACGAGUUGGGCGAUUAUCGUUGCAGUGAGUGCCACGAAGAGCCUUUUCUAACUUACUACGACCAAGUUAUUCACAAUUAUCAAGUUCACUCCAAAGCAUCCAAGUUCAUUCCGCCUCACACUCUCGGGAUUGAGGAAAUUACUCACAGAGAUGGGAAAAUUGAAACAAAACGGACGCUUUUCGUUUGCCAACUUUGUCAAGCUCCGUUCAAUUCUGAUGUGCCUUGGACGGGUCACAUGAGAAAUAAGCAUUCCUGGGGCCUUUUUGAAUGCAGACCCUGCGAUGAGGUAUGCCACUAUGCCAAAGAUAUAUCUGCUCAUAUGCUCAAUUUCCACGCUGACUGCCCGGAAAUUAAGUGUCCAUGUUGCUCCGAGGUUUUGAACUUGACAGAAGACCACGAGAUUUUUAACACUCAUUAUCAAGGUUGUCCCCAUGAGUACGUGAAAAAAGAAAGACAUUGCUCGUUUCAAUGUGAUUACUGUGGCAAGAACUAUUCGUCCAAGGGAUCCUUUGCCGCUCACAUCAAACAGCACCAAGGCAUUGAACGCUUCAAAUGUUCUCAUUGUGAUUAUGGAACAAACAUCAAGGCCGUGUUAAUCGAUCACGAAAGGAUGCAUCUGAGAGACAAAGGAUUGACUAAUGCUGAUAGCGAUUUAGUGCUCUAUCAUCAGUGCGAACAAUGCGGGAAAGAAUUUUCUCAGAAGCAAACCCUUCGGAUCCAUAUUAAGCGGGUUCAUCAAGGGAUCUCUGUCAGUCACCCGUGCAAAGAUUGCGGCAAAACCAUGGCUUCCCAAUCGUCCUUGUACAAACAUAAACGAAAGUUCCACGGGUUUGUCAGUGCUCAAGGGAGAAAAAGCGGAGGGAGGCGAAAGAAAGUGGCGACUAAUCCUGGAGAUUGCUCUGCUUGA